GUAGUAUUUAUUGGUCCAAUUUUUGUUUGCACCGCCGCAGUCUUCCAUGCACUGUAUCCAACCAAUUCACACCUUCCUCCCCUCUCCUCUACAUUUCCAAUCCCCAAUUCUCUGUCUGCUUCCCAAUUUUCUCCGCUCGAUCCUAUCGAUCGUCUUCAAAUGAAUCAACCAGAUCAUACGAAGCUCGUUUCAGCUUCAUCAGAUGGCGCCGGAGACGAAGAAUCGCCGGUGAAUUCCGAUCUCGCGGCGGCAACGGCCGCGGUGGAGGAUUUGGAGGCUGAUUUUCCGCCGGAAUCGUUUUGGCUAUCGAAGGAUGCGGAAUUCGAUUGGUUCGAUCGCAACGCCUUUAUAUACGAGCGGAAGGAUUCUACCAAAGGAGGUAAUAAUAAUAAUUCGAGCUUAAACCCUAGCUCUAACUCUAAUUCUCAGCGAUUCUCCGUUAGCUUGAAAUCGAAGGCGUCCAUUAUCGGAUUGCCUAAAUCUCAGAAAGCUACGUUGAUGGAUUCCAAGCGGAGGACGUGUAAACCGGCGAGUAUUCGGUUGUUUCCGAACCGGUCCGAUUCGGUCGGGAAGUCCUCCGUACCUGUGGCCGAGCCUGGAUCUCCUAAGGUUUCCUGUAUAGGUAGGGUGAGGUCGAAGCGCUGCCGCCGCCGGUCUGCUUCGUUGAAAAGGAAGGAGAAGCUGAUAGAGAAAUCUAGAAGCAACGGCGGCGGCGGCGGUGGUGGUGGAGAGAAGCAGAAGGCUGGUUUCUACUCGAAGGUGAUGAGUAUCUUUAGGAAGAAGAAAGGUCACCGGAAGGCGUCGAGGUCGGCGAGUCGGAAAGUGGUGGAGGAAGAGCAGGUGGUGGUGGACCUACGGCGGCGGAGCGUGAGCGUUAAGGUACGGGAAAUUCAGAUGAGCGGUGAACCGGCCGGUUUAGGAGAGGUUAAGAGGUUCAAGUCGGGGCGGCGGUCGGAUUCCUGGACCGCCGAUGAUUUCGGUCAGGCCGUCUCAGGGCUGCGCGUGGCUUAGGUGAAUGGCGCGUGGCACGUGAGCGAGUGGCGUGUGGAGUUGUUGACGGGCAGAGGGCAGUGAGUGACGUGGCUGUUAAAAUUAACCGUAAUGUACGAUUUUCCAAUUUUACCCUUCUGUUUGAUUGUGCUUUACUCACUUUUUGUAAAUAUGCAGUAGUAUUAUAACGGUAGGUUUUUCUUUGGAGUGGAUAAA